AUGACUAUUAGAAACACGCCAGCUGUAGUACGGGUACCUAACUUCGUAGCAGCUUCUGAUCCAGAGUCAUAUUAUUACAGUUUACUAAUCCAGUAUAUGCCGUAUCGCAAUGAGGCCGAACUUUUAGGAGAAUUUAAUAGUGCCAGAGAUGCGUUUCUCGCCAACGAAGAAAGUUUAAGACAAACAAACGCCUACUUGGAAAUAUAUCGUGAACGUGACAGGCAGCUUGAAAAUGUAUUCGCGCAAGUACACGCAUUUCAGAUACUGGAACACACAGAGCCGAUGGAACUAGACCAUGAAGAAGAAGUUCCUUAUUUGCCAAUGAAUGAAGACCAGUUCUUACAGGCUAAGCAGUCUAUGAAUGCAGGACAAAAGGAAAUUUUUACAUUAAUUACCCAGUCCAUACAAAAUCAAAUGUCAGGUGCUGAAGAACGUUUAAAAAUAUUCUUUACAGGAGGAGCUGGUGUGGGCAAGACUUUUCUAUUAAAGUUAUUACGAGACCAAAUUAAUAGGUGCUACGCAAAGGAUGCGGUUAAAGUCUGCUCACUAACAGGAGUUGCAGCUAGAUUAAUAAAUGGAGCUACGAUACACAGUACUUUAAAAUUGCCUGUACAGAAAGACGGUCGCAUAACAGGUAUGUCACCACUGUCCGGAAACUAUUUGCGAAUAAUGAGGCAACAAUGGCAUCAGACAGAAUUUUUGAUUGUCGACGAGAUUUCCAUGGUGUCUUAUCUGUUAUGCAUGAUGGACGCUCGAUUAAGGCAAAUUAAGAACUGUGAAAAUGAGUUUUUUGGAGGAGUAAACGUAUUACUUUUCGGUGAUCUUUUACAACUGCCUCCUAUAAAACGAUCAGGAACACCUGUUUUCAAACAGCCAGAACAUCUCCAACCAGCUACACAUCUCUGGCGUUUAUUCACGCUGUGUGAAUUAACUGAAAAUAUGCGUCAGCAAGGUGACCAGACUUUUAUUGAUAUUUUGAAUGCUUUGAGAGUCGGUGAGCUAACAACCCAACAUUUUAGUAUUUUAAUGGGAAGACUUCUUCAAGACACGAGUGAUGAGUUUGCAAUAGACAAAGCGUUAAGGGUAUACCCCACAAAUCAACAAGUUAACGACCACAACUGUGCUGUAUUGAAUUUGUACAGAAAUAAUGGUGCUCGCAUUUACAAAAUAAAAGCGCAGGAUCAGCUAGUACACGCCACACGAAAUGCAGACAAUGUGGAUAUAGCUACUAUAAUACCAGCUGAUAUCAACAAAACUGGGGGUUUACCAGCGGAACUGCAAAUAUUUGUGGGGGCAAAAGUCAUGCUACGGUCCAAUAUUGACGUUUCAAAGGGAUUAGUAAAUGGCGCUAUAGGCUACAUCAACGAAAUCGUUUGGCCUCAAUUUCGUCGAACUCAGAUGUAUGCAACAGAUGUACCUUCCGUCCGAAUUGAUUUCGCAAGAGACGGAGUACAUCGUAUACACCCGAAAGCCAUACAGUUUCCAGCUAAGUACAAUUACGGGACGGCUGAAAGAAGAAUGUUGCCUUUAAUACUAUCAUGGGCUUCUACAAUACAUAAAAUGCAGGGCAGCACUGUGGAUCACGCAGUCGUAUACUUAGGUGCGAAACUGUUUGAAGAAGGUCAAGCCUACGUGGCUCUUAGUAGAGUAAGAUCUUUGCAGGGACUACGUAUAGAGGAGUUGGACUGCAAUAAACUAACGGGCAAGAAACCUUGCAAUAAUGAAGCACUAAAUGAAUUAAACAGAAUGCAAAAUAAAAACUAA